GAGCUCGUCUGACCCCGGGAAGAAGAAGCAGCACAUCUGCCACAUUCCUGGCUGUGGGAAGGUGUACGGGAAGACGUCCCACCUGCGGGCACACCUCCGGUGGCACACGGGCGAGAGACCCUUCAUCUGCACCUGGAUGCUCUGCGGGAAACGCUUCACGCGCAGCGACGAGCUCCAGCGGCACAAGCGCAAGCACACAGGAGAGAAGAAAUUCGCCUGCCCGGAAUGUCCCAAACGCUUCAUGCGCAGCGAUCACCUCUCCAAACACAUCAAGACCCACCAGAACAAGAAGGGAGGUACCACCAACGUGGCCAUGAACGUCUCGGCCGUCCCCAUAGACACUGGGACGGCCACGGAGGGCAACGGUGGGGCCACCCCGUCCACCCUCAUCGCCACCAACAUGGUGGCCAUGGAAGCCAUUUGCCCCGAGGGCAUCGCCCGCUUGGCCAGCAGCGGCAUCAACGUCAUGCAGGUGGCAGAUCUUCAGUCCAUCAACAUCAGCGGCAACGGCUUCUGA